AUGUUUUCCCGCGAUCCUUCCACGGGUAAGCGAAAGGUGCCGGCAUGGCUCGCCCACUACACCAACCCCCGUGAGCUCAAGGUCUGGGUGCGUUGUGUGAUUGCCUCGUGGGUCGCGUCGCUGCUGAUGUACAUUCUGCCGUCGCUGAGGACGAUUGGCACGGCCACGUUUUUUGCAUGUUUUGUUCUGUUUAUCGUCCCCCCAUCGGGGAUUGUGUCCGUCUUUAUCCUCGUCAGUCUGACGCUGCUGCUUGGUAUGGCGCUCGCCUGGGCAUGGGGUGUUAUCGUGAUGAAAGCAGCCUAUGCAGCCCGUCCGGCAGCAGAAACGCAAGCCAAGUUGCAGGCGCUGGGGCAGGAGGCAUACUCGCAGGCCAAUUCGACUGGCCAGAGUGUGGCGUACGUCCAGCAGAAGUUAAUCUACGAUGGCUUCAUGCUUGACACGAGGGUUACUGUUAUCUUCUUCGUGCUGAUCUGUCUAUUCAUCUACUUUCUGGCUCGUCUGCGUGUCAAAAACCCCAAGUUCACCCUUGUCCAGGUUUUUGGUACAAUUAUUUCGGAUCUCUUCCUCGCCUUUGGUCCUCUACUGCCUUCUUUCUCAGGAACCCUGCCAAAGUUGUUGAUUGAACCGUCUGCGAUUGGCAUUGGAAUCGGCCUGGCCUGUUCCAUCAUCUUCUUCCCCCAGUCUACUUCCUACGCGGUUCUCAACGCCAUCCAAGACCUCUUCAAUCUAUCCAAAAACCCAGUGGAGUACACCAUCAAGAGCCUCUCCGACGGCGAAGAACUCCAGCUCGCAGAUCUCCAAAAAACCAAAUCCCAGAUGAUCGCGGCAUACAAAGCCGUAGAACCAGGCAUGGGCUUCCUGCCUAUCGACUUUUCCCGCGGCCGCUGGAGUGCAGACGAUAUCAAGAGUCUCCAAGAACCGAUCCGACAAACGCUGAUAGCGACGCUGGCUCUGCUGGACUUUCACAUCACGCGUGUUCGUGGAUUCGCUAGAUUAGAGGAAAUCCGGGCGGCGUCUUCUGCCAACGGUGCGGCUGAGAAGCCCGUGCCGAGCGUGGGUAAACGCCAACUACUCGAGAAUAUGGAUAUGAUUGAGGCGAUUCAGAGUCCAGAGGCGGAGAGUGCGCGGUCGGAGACGAUUGAAGUGCUGCGCGAGGCUAGUGGGGAGAUUCUUGCUAUCUGCAAGGAUGUCAUUGCCACGGCGGCUGAGUGUAUCCAUGCGGUGAAUUCGCGGAGAUGGGCAUUCAGACAGGCGACGGAGAAGAACGCAGAGUUACUUAAGAAAAGUCACGAAUUGCUGGAGAGUUUGCGCUCGGUUCGCACUUCCUUCGCUACAGAGACUACGGACAAACUGAUUGAGAAGCACGGAAGUCUGUUCGAGGAAGACGGAAAGUUGAAACAGACGGAUGAGAUUCCCGUGCACUCGAUCCGCGGCAUCAUGAUUGGCAUGGUGUUUGAGGAGAAUGUCGUCGCCGUGGCUGAUUCUUUAGAUCAACUGCUUUCUCGGAUCAUCGCUCUACUGGAAGGCCGGCCCAGUCCUCGAAUUUGGCUCCCUACUAGUCUUCGCUACGCUGCUGCUUGGAUAUUCCGCCAGACGCCUGUUCCUUCGAUUCCGGGCCAGUCACCGGUGGAAGAUCCAGAUGAGGUGGAGAAGCGGUCACAGGACGCACAGCAUCGACUGCAGAUUAGUCGCGGACACACGGUGAAACGGCGCAAUGGAGCUGGCAGGGCAAUUCUAGGUCUCUACCACUGGCUCAUCAACGCGGAAGGAAUGUACGCGAUGAAAAUGGUGAUUGUGACGAUUGCACUCGGCGUGCCGGCCGUCAUUCCGUCCAGUGCUGGCUUCUACUAUCGCGAGAAGGGAUUCUGGGCGCUGAUCAUGGGACAGACCACGAUGCUGGUGUAUAUGAGUGACUUUGCGCUGAGUGUGAUCUGCCGUACGGCGGGGACGAUUGUCGGAGGCGUGCUGGGUCUGAUUGGAUGGUAUAUCGCGUCUGGAAAGGAAGAUGGCGAUCCUGUGCCACUGGCGAUUGUCAGUGGCGCGGGAAUGAUGUUCCAUAUGAGUCUGCGGUUGUGGGGAUCGCCUGCUAUUCUGCAGGGGACGUUGAUGAGUGCUGCGACUGCCCUUCUGGUUAUUGGGUAUAGUUAUGAUGAUGUAAAUAUCCCGGCGUAUGGCAACCCCGGCGUGGGAUAUAACGUCUUCUGGCGUCGACUGGUCCUCGUGUUUGUCGGACUCGCCGCUUCAACGAUUGUGCAGAUCUUCCCCCGUCCGCCAUCAGCCGCUCGACACAUUUGCAAGUCGCUGUCGAACGCGAUGCGCUCGCUGACAGACCACUACGCUCUCCUGCUCUCCUGCUGGGGGCGCUCAGACCGCGAAACCGGCUUGAUAGCAGAGCAGAUAUCCGUCGACAUGGCCGAAACGCUCUCCAACCUGGAUGCCCCAAUCGCCCUGUUGAAGUUGGAAUUCUCCAGCUCCCCAUUCGACAGCAAGACCUUGUCCAAGGUCAAAUGCCUCUGUCAAGACCUCAACCAGAACAUUGGCCGGUUGCUAUAUCAAUCCGCGUCCCUCCCUCCCGCCCUGCAAACGCGGCUUUCCCAAACAACCGGCCUCCUCGAAAACCGCAGCAUCAGCGACAUCAUGGCCGUCCUCGGCGUCGUCGAACAAUCCCUCAAAACCGGCGACGCCCUUCCCGAGCUCCUCCCCACGCCGCUCGUCAAACGAUGCCAUGAGUUCUGGGUGGCUCGACACGCAGGGAUCGGGCUGGAGGUGGAGCAGAUCCGCGAGGAGAAUUACCGGCGGUACUGCGUGGCGGUGAGCUCGUAUCUAAAGGUGCUGGCGGCGGUGGAUGAGCUGGUCUUGGUGGUGAAGGGGGUGCUAGGGGAGGCGCAUGUGGUGGUAAGGGAGGUAGCUAGCUGCUAG